CGGGGAGGUAAGUCAGAGCCCAGCCGGGAAGGACCUUGAAUGACAGGUACCUGGCCAUUCCUCCGGAGGUCAGUCAGGAGCCACUGAGGAAGCUGAGUAGACUUACCCCGUUCCAAAAUGGCAUCGACCUUUUAUGGAGUUUUCCUCAUUGUCAGCAUCUGCACUGUAAUCCGCUGUGUGCCCCCACCCGGGACCCCCAGCAAGGGAUCCCUCUGCCUGUCCUCCUCAAGGAGCACCGCCACCUCCCGGCUGCUGUCCUCCAGCAACACCAACUUUGCCUUCCGCCUGUACCGGAGGCUGGUUUUCAAGACUCCGGACCAGAAUGUCUUCUUCUCCCCACUGAGUGUCUCUGCUUCCCUGGCCAUGCUAUCCCUUGGGGCCCGCUCAGCCACCAAGACCCAGAUCCUCCAGAGCCUGGGGUUCAACCUCACACACGUGCCAGAGCCCGCCAUCCACCAGGCCUUCCAGCACCUGCUCCAGUCGCUCAGAGCCCCCAGCGAAGACCUGGACCUGAGGAUGGGGAGUGUCCUCUUCCUCAAAAAGGAGCUGCAGCUGCAGGCAAAUUUCUUGGACAACAUCAAGAGGCUGUAUGAGUCCAAAAUCUUUUCUAUAGAUUUCUCAAGCACCUCCACUGCCCGGGAGAAGAUCAACAGCUACGUGGAGAAGGAGACCAAAGGGAAGGUGGUAGACUUAAUCCAAGGCCUUGAACCUCUGACAGUCAUGGUCCUGGUGAACCACAUUUUCUUUAAAGCCAAGUGGGAAAAGCCCUUUAACCCUGGCUCUACGAGGAAGAGCUCCCCAUUCCUAGUGGGCAAGAAGACCACUGUGAAGGUCCCAAUGAUGCACCAGGUGGAAGAGUUUGCCUUUGGAGUGGAUCCAAAACUGAACUGCUCAGUGCUGCGGAUGGACUACGGCAGACACACCACAGCCUUCUUUGUCCUCCCUGGCCAGGGCAAGAUGAGGCAGCUGGAACAGGCUUUGUCAGCCAAGACACUGAGGAAUUGGAGCCACUUAUUCCAGAAAAGGUGGAUAGAGGUGUUCAUUCCAAAAUUCUCCAUUUCUGCCUCCUAUGACCUUGAAACCAUCCUCCCAAAGAUGGGCAUCCGGAAUGCCUUUGAUAGAAAUGCUGAUUUUUCCGGAAUUACAAAGAGAGACUUCCUGCAGCUUUCCAAAGCCGCCCACAAGGCUGUGCUGGAUGUCAGCGAGGAGGGUACCGAAGCCGCAGCGGCCACGGCCACCAAGCUCAUAGUCCGCUCGAAGGACGGCCCCUCUCACACCGUCGUCCGCUUUGAUCGGCCCUUCCUGCUGCUGCUGAUCAACAGAGCCACAGAGGCCAUUCUCUUCCUUGGGAAAGUUGAAAAUCCCACGAAAUUCUAGGUGGAAACCUCUUGCUGACGGAGUCCAC